GCAGAAGCAGAGGCAGCAGCAGCGGCAGUGACGGCAGUAGCGACAGCAGUAGCAACAGUAUAAGAUCGCUCGCUCCGCGUUCGCCGUGAAAAUUCGCGAGUGUCUCGCGUGACAGCGGCGUUCCCGAGGUUACAUUAACGAACGGUGGCCGAUGAUGUCGAAGUGUCGUCGCCGCGUGAUUCGCGCGAGAUCGAACCAUUCAUCUAGGUGCCAGUGAAUCGUUCCGUGCGUUGUUAUUUUUUUCCUUGUCGCGCGCGCGUGUCCUCUCUUUCUGUUAGCCAAGAGGGAUAAUAGGCCGGGCCUAUCAGCACAGUAGGAAAAUGGCGGCUCGUCUUGCGCGGUGUAGACGACGAGGGGCAACGGGGCUGUUCGUGUAACAGCGACAAACCGACAAACGAAAAAAAGAUAACCUCUCCUGUCCGUCGCGUUCCCUGGCAAAGUGCGCGGUGCCGAUCGUUCGUUCGAUCGGGAGUGUUGGCGCGACAAGAAAAAGGAAGAAAAAAAGGAAGAAAGAGACACCUCCUUGCCCGCUUAUACACAUCAUAUACACCCGCGGAGUUGCGAUGACAGCGGGACGUGGAGAGCGAAGGAAAAACAACACGAGAGGCGAGUAACGAAGAACCACUGUGCGUUCCGUUCGUGCACGCGUGUGUGCGCUCGCAUGAGAGCGAGUACCGAUCAACGGUGACAAGUGUUCCGUCGACGGGGAACUGUAGGCCUUAUCCCCGCGUCGACAAGAAGAUGAUAUUACGGGCACCGUGGUACCGCCGUGCGUACGUCGAUCGCGAUCCUCGUGCUGCUGUUUACUGUCGUCGCCAUUGAGCCUACGGCCGCUUUCGCGAAAAUCAGUUUUUUCGCGAGAGAAGAGGACGGGGCCGUGGACGGGACGACGACGACACGCGACAACGACGAAAAGCUUGGGGGAAGAUGAGAGGCGCGUGCGACGGCGGCAUCGCGAGCUUUCUCGCUCUGGCGCUCCUCUGUUUAUUCCACACGUUAUGCCUUGUGGACGGACUGUUGAAGUGCCAUUGCGACAUUUGCACGGAGACCAAUCACACGUGCGAAACCGAUGGCUAUUGUUUUGCUAGCACCAGUUUGGAGAAUAAUGAGAUCACAUACGCUCGAAGGUGUUACGAUAAGGUGCACUUCUUCCCGGCGGCCGAGUACUCGGUCUGGUGCAGCACGAAUAGCACGCUACGCGGUCCAGGUGACGUGGAGUACGUGGUCGCCUGCUGCGACCACGCCGACUACUGCAAUCGCGAACUAAGGCCCUCUUUUCCCCCUCGCGAGACCAGAGGUGGGCCGUACUCUCGAAUCACCGAUUACCUCGGACGAGAUUCACCGGGUGGCGACGACGCAACGUGGGUCACAUGGAAGAUGGCCCUGACGAUAGCCAUACCGAUAUGCGCGAUCUGCGUGGUUGUUAUGGUCAUUUAUCAUAUACACAUGACCAGAAGGAGGCCCGGCGGGCAUUUUCCGGACGACUCGCUGGAGGCGCCGGAUCGACCCAUCCUGGGCGGCGUUACCAUCAAGGACAUGCUGGAAAUGACGACCAGCGGCAGUGGCUCAGUAGGCCUGCCGCUUCUGGUACAGCGGAGCAUAGCCCGCCAGAUUCAACUCGUAGAGACGAUCGGGAAAGGUCGGUUCGGCGAGGUCUGGCGUGGCCGUUGGAGGGGUGAAAAUGUCGCUGUCAAAAUCUUCAGCUCGCGCGAGGAGAGGUCCUGGUUCAGGGAGGCAGAAAUAUACCAGACGGUGAUGUUGAGGCACGACAAUAUCCUGGGGUUCAUCGCUGCUGACAACAAAGAUAACGGCACGUGGACACAACUGUGGCUGAUCACGGAUUACCACGAGAAGGGCUCGCUGUUCGAUUACUUGAACAGAUCCACCGUGGACACGAACGGUAUGAUCAGGAUGGCGUUGUCCAUCGCCACAGGGCUGGCGCAUCUUCACAUGGAAAUCGUCGGCACGCAAGGGAAACCGGCCAUCGCUCACAGAGAUCUGAAGUCGAAGAACAUCCUCGUGAAGACCAAUGGUACAUGCGCCAUAGGUGAUCUUGGAUUGGCUGUCAGGCAUGACGUAAUAACGGACACUGUCGACAUCCAGCUCAAUAAUCGGGUCGGGACGAAGCGGUACAUGGCGCCGGAGGUUCUCGAAGAGACGAUAAACAUGAACCACUUUGAUUCCUUCAAGAGGGCUGACGUAUACGCUCUCGGGCUGAUCCUCUGGGAGAUCGCCAGGCGGUGCAACGUCGGCGGGAUUCACGACGAAUAUCAGUUACCGUUUUACGACUUGGUGCCUUCUGAUCCGACGAUCGAGGAGAUGCGCAAAGUUGUGUGCACCGACAGGCAAAGGCCCUCGAUACCGAACCGGUGGCAGUCGAUCGACGCAUUACAGGUGAUGUCGAAGGUGAUGAAGGAGUGUUGGUACCACAAUGCGGCAGCUAGGCUAACCGCGCUUAGGAUUAAAAAGUCUCUGGCCAAUUACGGGGCGAUGGAGGACCUGAAGUAAGAACGGGGACGUUAUCGGGCGCGCCAGUUUGUCGGCGGUCGUCGUGACGUAUGAAAAAAACAGAAGUGCUCGAAAGACACGUGGACACUAAUGCCGUAACACUUACCGCAAUAAAACUUUUUAAGUGCCGCGUUGCGCGCUAAAGUUCUAGAGGUAUGUAUAAAAUGAUAUAGAUACGGAGAAGGAAAGGGAAUUCUAAUAGCGAAGCAGAGAGCCUAACGAAAGACUGGUCGAGAAAUCGAGACGACGUUCCUUUAAUCGCGUUGACUUCGUCGAGUCGUACCCCUAAUUUUGAGCAUCGGAUCCCGUACGAGACGAGGUCGUGCAAACCAGUGAACUCGAUGAAAAGUUGAAAGCAUUUAACGAGCAAUGACUGACAGAAACACGGACAAGAUCGGCGGAGAUCGUCCACGAACGGGAACGAGCCGGUUGGUUCGUCGAUCGAUCGAUCGAUCCGUACCAGGGGUAAAUUUUUAAACGCGCGAUACGGCGAUUCGGUUAAUCGAACGAUUCACGCCUGGUCACGCGUCACACUACUGCUGUAUAUUUAUUAAUAGUAAACGAUAAGAUAAUAAAGGUAUAUAAAUUUAUUAUAUAGCGACGUUUAUUGAGUAAUAUUAACGAUUAACGAUAAAUUUGUAUAUUAAUAUAUACACACGUAUAAUUAUGUAUAUUCGUUAUCGGGCAAACCGAUUCGAUUAACCGAACUGAUUUAUUCAUUGAGUGUGCACGGGGGAGGUUUUCAUUCCAUUAAGCGAUGAUCAUUGGUAAAAAUUUUCGCCGCUCGAACGGACCGAUCGACGCCCCGGCGGGCUCGCGCUCCGCCAUGCGAUUUUGAUUUCGUACAUCCGUUGGUCGAUUCCACGGGAACGGCCUCUAUUAUAUCAGGAUCGCUGUAACGUUAUUCUACUCUUCUUUUUCUACAUUUCACGAUGUGGAUUUGUCACUUUACCGGUGCGUGCAGAGACUGGAUUUUUUUUCAUUUUUCUUGGGAGCAUAUACCGUACACCGUGUUACAAGAGAAAUGCAUAAACUUUGUUUCUCGUUCUUUGCGAUUGCAGGAUCGAGUUCGUCGAUUCUGUAAACAUACAGGGUAGGUAGAGAGAAACCGAGCAAUUGUGGUUGUCGAGUACGUAAGUGACCAGACGGUGGGAAAACACGUGGUUUUUGUUCGAAAGGAACCAAGAUUGUACGAACACUGACCGACGCUCUUUUUCUAAAAAAAAAAAGUAAAAAAAAAUAUAUAAAAAUACGACACGAAAAAAAUAUUGCUUUUCGAGCCGGAAAACAUACAAUUUUGUCACGUAUCACCCCUUCGGGACGCUAAGUUUCUACUCAAGGUUUUUACACAACGAAGUUUUUUCCGCGACUUCUCCGGGCUUCAUUUUCAUCAACCGCGUCAUCUAAUGUAUACAUAUUCUUAGUCUGUAGACAUACCCAGAUGUUUUGCUCAAGACAAAAUAUUUUUGCGUAUUGUAAUGCGCGUGUUGAAGGCGGUGCGUCAUGAUACGCGGGACUUUCGAAGCGUGUUUCCUUUGUAACACAGGAAGGCUGAAAUUGAAGGGUGCUAAGCUCAAGAAUGAAUGUAUACGGUACUGCGUGAGUGCGAGAGAACGAAAGAGAUCGCGUGAAACUGAGAAGCGAGAGGAGAGAGUGGUACGACAGACUGAAUUUGCGACUGAACGAAAGCGAGACAGAGUAAAAAGAUUUAAGAGAAACAAAAA